AUGAGCAGGCGCAACGCAAGGCGGCCCUUCGAGGACACUGCACUGCGCAGCCCCGCCUGGCCCCGCCCCCCGCCCGGCUCCAGACUGGCUAGCCUCCAGGAUUUAAGUGGGCGAGCGAGUCCCACGCUGCUCGGAGCCAUGCUGAGGAGCUGUGCCGCGCGCCUGCGCACACUCGCCGUUCUGCCCGGCCCGCCGGCCGCGCGUCUGCCGAGAUCAUUUUCUUCUGAAGUCACUGAGAAAGACCUUGCUCUUCCCCAACCCAGCUGGAGCAAGGACAUUAGACUCCUUUUCGACCAGUACAUGAAGAAAUGUGAAGAUGGCUCCUGGGAACGUUUGCCUUCAUAUAGCAACAGUAAUUCAUCUAUGCAUAAGCAGUAUUCUUUUCAAGGCAUUCAAGACUUCAUAAGCCAUUUUUACGACUCCAAACUUUUCAAAGAAAAACUAAUACCAAAGACCAAGUUAUUCACCAGAAGCUUUGACGAUGGCCUAGGCUUUGAACAUGUAAUGUUCUAUAAUAAGGAUGAGAAAAGAAUGGUUUGCAUAUUUCAAGGAGGUCCUUACCUACAAGGAAUACCUGGAUUUCUACAUGGAGGUGCCAUUUCUGCCCUGAUUGAUGAUACUCUUGGUAUGAAUGCAAUGGUCGCUGGGGGAAUUGUCAUGACUGCCAAUCUCAAUAUCAAUUUUAAAAGACCUAUCUGCAUUAAUUCCGUUGCUGUGAUAAAUAGCCAACUUGAUAAAGUUGAAAGAAGGAAAUUGUUUAUUUCCUUUAAUGUUCGAAGUGUUGAUGAGAAGACCCUCCACGCCGAAGGAACAAGUUUGUUUAUAAAACUGGAUCUUGAUAAAAGUUUGACAUAA